GCCUUCUCGGGAGAGUUCUGGGGGACGCCGCGUAUCAAAGUAAGCGCAUUUUACGUCUUGACAUCAACCGUCGGUGUUUCAACUUCCAGUCGCCGGGCAUCUUCGUAACCUCCAACUUUAGCUUCUGUUUGACUGCGACUUUAAUAAUCCAGAGAGAUGUCCUCCACACAGACAUUUUCAGACCCUCACAAACACAAGCGUGUAUCUGUUCAGUCCAACCCUGGAUUCCUGGAGCGACUAAGUGAAACUGCAGGAGGAACAGUUGUUGGUGUUGGACUAUUUUUCCUCUCAAUCUAUAUUCUCUUCACCAAUGAGGGACGGGCACUGCAAACGGCAUCAUCCCUAAAUGAGGGUCUUUCUCAGAUUGUGUCCUUGGAGCCUCUCUCCAGCCUCGACCUGCAGAACAACAACCGUUUAGUUCAUCUUUCUGCACAGCUGCGCACCGCAGAGCCCCUCCAUGACCCCAACUACAGAGUGGUGGUGCAGGCAGUGAAGCUGAAGAGGCAGGUGGAGAUGUAUCAGUGGGUGGAGUACACGGACAGCAAGGACUACCAAGAAAACGGUGAAACCAAAACUGAGACAACUUAUACUUACAACACAGAGUGGAAAUCAGAGUUGGUCAACAGUCGUCAUUUUGAUAAGGAAAUCGGUCACCAGAACCCAAGUGCCAUGGCGGUUGAGAGUGUGACAGUCGUGGCCCCUGAAGUCAAAGUUGGACCUUUCAGUCUGUCUAAAGGUCUGGUGGAGCAGAUAGAUAACUUCCAGACGUUGAGUCUGAGGGAUUUUUCUUCUAUCAACUUGGAUUCUUUUCUCAGCAUCGAUGAUGAUUAUUUCUAUCACACUCAAAACCCACGCAGGCCUGAGGUUGGGGAUGUGCGUGUGAGGUUCUCCUAUGCUGGACCAAGUGGCGAGACGUCGCCCUUUGGCCCGGCUCAAACUGUCAGUAUUGUGGCCAAACAGAGCGGGGAGCAGCUGAAGCCUUUUAAAACCAAAGCAGGAGACACUCUGGAGAUCCUCUACCAGGAGGAGCUCUCUGCAGAGGAGGUUUUUGAGAAAGAACUCCAGUACAACAGUAUGAAGACGUGGGGGCUCAGGGCUGCAGGCUGGCUCCUCAUGUUCCUCAGUAUUCAGCUGACCAUGCGCAUCAUCUACACACUGGUGGACUGGGUUCCUAUUCUCAGAGACCUCGUGUCCGUGGGGCUGAAGAUCUUCGCCCUGUGUGUCUCCUGCUCUCUGUCCCUUCUCACCAUCGCCGUAGGUUGGCUUUUUUACCGACCGUUGGUGGCUGUGGCUCUGGGGGCACUGGCCCUGCUUCCAGUGUUUCUCGCCCGCUCAAGACUUCCAGCCAAGAAGAAUGAAUGACUACUAAACAGAGGAUUACCACAACAAUAUCAGCUGACAGGCUGAAGCCGUCCAUCAGAAGAAUGAGCUAGGACUGUGCAGCCUUUUUUUCACAGCUGGGUCACAGACCACAUAGCUUUCUUGGGUUAAACAGUCUACAGUGAUAAAUGUGUUUUCUACAAGGUACAGUAAUGGGUUUAAUCCAUAAUCUUUGUUUAAGGGGUUUGAACAUACAUUUUCUGUUAAAUUUAAGUUUGCAUCACUUUAUCACCCUGGUGAUAUAAAGCUGUUUACGUUGCCUUCAGACCGCAAAUGUUAUCAGAUGUUGCCUCACUGCCUCACAUCCUCAUCUUGAUAUUUGUUGCUCACAAUGAGCAGCACAUUACUGUAGUCUGGUUUUUGCUUUAAAUAUAACUUGUUAAAGACUUGUUGCUCCCUCCACAAAACAUACUCAGUGUCCGGUUCAUCAGAUACACCCAAGCAGCAACGUCUGUUA